GUCGUCCACAUAGCUUUCGUUUGCGCCGGAAAGAGCAUUUACAUAAUGCUUGUUUGACAGGUAAGGCAAAGGCUUGUUUAUGUUGCGUAUUUUACAAGUCAAAGUUUCUCCAUUUCUGAUCACGCAACGCGUUUGUAAGUGUUCAUUUUCUUGUUUUCUUGUCAGUCACCAGUUUAAUCCUGCGAGUCAACAGCUCACUCCCGAGUACAAAUUUCUGUUUUUUCAAUAGUCGGUAGAAAAUCAAAGAAAGAAUAACUAGUAAACAUUCGUUCAGAGGGUGGUACGAGCCUCCACCGAUAUGUUUCAAACAUACUUUAAAUGGGUAAGGUAUUACGGCUGUAACUGUAAACAUGCAAAUUAUGAAUGAUGCAAAUUUGUUGAAAGAAAAUAGCCGAAGAAUAUUGUAUAGUUCUGUAUUUUCUGCGUCGUACGAGACGGAUGUUUAAUGUGCAAAUGUUUAUGAAUGAUGAUCGAACUUCUGUUUAUCUAAACUCCUUUUCCUCAUGGCUCUCGAAUUACCAGAUGGUGAAUCUGGUCGGGAGUUGAUAAAGUGUGUUGUGGUGGGCGAUAGUGGCGUGGGAAAGACAAAGUUAAUAUGCGCUCAAGCACUUGGACAAUGCGUACAACCAGAACCAAGACGAAAACAUGUGCAUUGUAUCCAUGGGUCGCACGUUCCUUCAGUAUUUGCGAUAGACAGGUACUACAAGUCAGUUGAGAUUCAAGCAAGAAGCAAUAUGGUAGUCGAUGGUGUGCCAGUGGCACUGCGACUUUGGGAUACAUUUGGCGAUCAUAACAAUAAUCGAAAGUUCGCUUAUCAACAUUCCCAUGUAGUUGCCUUAUGUUUUGCAGUAAAUUGGCCCACGUCUUUGGAAAGUGUGAAUCGCUUUUGGUAUAAUGAGAUAAAAAACUAUUGUCCAAAAACACCAAUUGUUCUGGUUGGUACCAAAGCAGAUCACAGAGCUAGCCAUUCACCCGUCGAAGAAAUGCCCAAACAAGGGGAAAUUUAUCAAGAAGAAUCCGGGAGUGCAAAACGGUCACCGAUGAUGGGAAGACAGAUUGCUCAAGAAAUCGGAGCACAUUACUAUGAAUGCAGCUCUUUGACAAUGUGUGGACUGCAGGAUGUUUUUCAAAACACCAUUCGUUCAGCAUUAUGCAAUGAGCGAGCAAAGAGGCUGCUUUCUAAACAUUUGCGAAAGGUGUUAAUGCCACAGUUGCAAGUUCCACAAUUGCCUCCAUGUCCGAAAAUGCCUGAGAUUGUUGUGCCACAGUCCUCCUAUUACAAAGAUUUUGCAGCUCUUCUUGAUACACAAUUAUACUAUGAUGUGAUCAUAGUAAUGCAUGAAAAAAAGUUUAAACUACACAAAGCAAUUCUCUGUGCUGCAGGUUGUGAAAUACACGAACUAUCUUGCAGGGAAUGUGGUAUUGAUUAUGAACAAGAACAAGAUGCUCAAACAUUAGUCUUAACAGAUUCAACUCUUAGCAUCAACUCGUUCAAUAAUCUUUUUUGUUAUCUUUAUUCUGGUUCAUUGCCUGACAAUACAUCUAUCUCUGAACUAACUGAGUUUGUAGAAUGCUUAAAUGCAUCAGAAUAUGCUUCAAAGUCAUCACUUUGUUUUGAUAAGGAUUGCAAUAUUUUUGCAUCUUGGAAGAGGAAUAUUGCUACGAACAUGUGGAAGCUAGUGUUUCAAAAGCAACUUGUGCCCCCUGAUGUUUGGUUUGAGUUAGAACAGACAAUCAUCCCUGCGCAUAAAGCAGUUGUGGUUUCGAGAUGUCCAAUGAUGGCUGCCAUGUUUCAAGAUGGACACUUUAAGGAGGCAAACCGACAAAAUGUUAAUCUACCGGACAUGAAUUUGAAAGCUUUUCUUGCCGUUUUGGAGUACAUAUACACAGAUGAAGUGAACCAAAGUUAUCAAGGAAGUAAAGUUGCCGUACUCGCCGUCGCGAACUUCUUUUGCCUUCCGCGUUUGGUUGCGCUGUGCGAGAAAUUGAUUGUUAAAGAACUGCAGAGUGAAAUACUCAACUUAAAUAAUGUCGUUGAGUACCUUAUGGUGGCCGAGAUGCACAAUGCAACACAGCUCAAGGCAUGGGGCGAGCAUUGCAUCAUCAUUAAUUACGAUAAGAUUAACACGACCGCUCUCAACGCACUCCCGGCGAAGACUUCAAGAAGUUUGGCGUCCAGACGAUGGCCACCCGUAUGGUACUUGCUGGAGAAUGAUUGGUAUGAAAAAGCCGCGCGAAAGCAAAGUGUCAUGUCGCCAAAGAAAUACAAGUAGUCCUUGCUGUCUUCCACUCACCCGACAUAUACUGACCUGUGUUCAACUCAGGUUCAAGAUUAACCUAGGUUUAUUUUGUCGUUUAUACACUACUGUUUAUUCUGGGUUUAGUCUACCCAUCUCGAGAGGUAGGUAAUACAUGGGUUAGUAGUGCUUAGGCGCAAAAAAAAUUAACCUCAGUUGUUUUGAACGCGAGUUUAACUCAGUUUACUUUAUGUCGUGUGAAUUGGAUCUUUGUCACCCAGGAGAGUUCGCUCGAAUUACUAAUAUAAAGUUAAAACAUAAUUUAAACGUACUUUAUCAAUAGAGUAGAUUUUUGAUAUUUUGCAUAAAAAAACUAAAAAGGACCUAAAAAAACUCUUGUUCAUGAAGUCAAGUAUACUUUAAUAAUUCGUAUAACAAUGUAUAUUAAUGUAUAUUAACGUAUGUAUAAAUAUAUUUAUAUUCAGUAAAAAUAUAUGCGAAUAUGGUUGACGUGCGUGCUUUUUUUAAAUCGUCUUCGGUAGAAGAUGUCUUAAACUUGCACUAGGUCUGCUUAGAUUAUUUCAUUAUGUUUAAAA